UCUCCUUCAACUUGCAUCAUCCAUCUUUUCGCCUUAUUAUCUCGAAAAGUGAUAUCUCGUGUUUGAAUCUUCUGAUGAUGAGAAAAGAGAGCCAAGGUUAUGGGUCGUCAAGAACGGCAACCGGCCGUACGGGUGACAACAUCGUUACCAGGUCCUGAAUUGCCCACGACUUCGUCUUCGUCUGCUUUCUUCUUUCUGAGGGUUGAGUCUUUUGCUCGUCGACGUCGUGCAGCGAGUCUGCCGUCCAUUCUUUCCUAGUCUUUCUUUCAUCGACUUGCCCUCUUAAACUUCGCCUUUUCACCCCAAGGCUACCAUCACUGGCAGGACCCAGUCUUUGCGAUGCCCUGUAACUCGAUUUCUUGCUGUACAACUUCUGGUCUUCAGUAAAUGUCCGCCGUCUGUCUCUCUCCGGUUUCAAUCCUCCGCUGUAUAGACCUCUCUCUGCUCGACACUAAGCUUCUCUUGAUUCCGCCUGCCCUGGAGUUGGUAUUUGCUGCAGGGUUGAUGUUCGCCGGGAGAGGGCAAGGCAGAAAACGGUUCCUUCUUGUCGCCGAUGGCCUCUCUUACUUUCUUCUCGCCCUAUUCGAUGUCCUUGCCCACAAUCUCUCUUUCUUCACUUCCCCAUCCAAUUUCAAUUCUUUCCGGGCUUUCGAUCUCGCCAUCGGGGCCAUGUCCUUCUUGCCCCUAUUCUUCUACACCGCGUUUCUCUAUCUUUAUAAACGUGUCAAUUUCUUUCCCGAACUGCCCCAGCGGUUCACUAUGCUUGCCAAAUUAUUCGCACUGGUCGUCAUCCCCAUCAUCAUCGCCACGAACGAAGUUGGCUCGUUUGUUGGCAAUACCUACCAGCUCGUCCAAUUCGCCAAUGGAGCACCAGCGACACCUGCGGUCGGGACGAACGAUGAUAAGGUCAUCUUCGCCCGGACGUUCAUCAACAGCACUUCGCUCGCCCUCCUCGUCGUUUAUCAAGCCGUCACAUUUUUCCUCGCUAUGACACGCCUUGCCAGGGCUCUCAUCGGGCAACGGUCAAUGGAACUUGAAGGUGUCUCUGGAUCGGACAGACGAUAUUUGUUUAGAGGGACGGGUUGGAUUGCUGCUGGGGUGGCGUUGGGAGGUGUGGAGACCGUCCUUGGCUUUGUCUCUGAUGGUAGCUUUGGGUUGUUCUUUACGAGGAGACUACUUAGGCUGCUCGGGAGAGCAUGCCUUGUCAUUGGAGUUGCCAAAGGAACGGACACACUCGAAGACUUCUUGAUCCUGGAUGCCGAAUUCCCUGCUAACAGAAACAAGAGACGUUCCAUUCGUCAAUUGACCAUCGGCUCGCCACGCCCCCAGCGCCCCAUGUCCUAUGCUAACGGAUCGAACCAACGUCCCGUCUCUCGUUUCUCAGUAACACCCCCCUCAACACGUCGCCUCAAUAAUCUCCCAAGAGCGGCCUCCCCUUCUACCCCCCAGUACCUAUUCAGCAACAGUCCCAAGCGACCUUCACCGACUCGACCGCGCCUAUCUCCGUUGACCAUAAGUCGUUACGGCGAACGCGUCACCAUUUACCAAGGCGUCAACCGGCCACCGACACUCGUUAUGCGGAUGUCAGACACCUUCCCCUCUCCUCAGACGCUCCUCGCAUCCACCAGCAUCAAUACCGGCAAAUCUCCCUUCUUCGCAAAUCCGUCAAAACCUUCAGGCCCGAAGUCUACAGGACCGUUAUCCAGUACUUACACAGGUACCGUCGUAGACAGCAAGCUCGGGACUUCCUCUCCCGAUCCUUCGUCGGGAAUGAAACUGCGAGACUCUACGGCCAUUUGGCAUACGCAUUACAAGCAGCAAACCUCCUUCGGAUCCGGAGACGUACCUAUCAUCACCUCUACCAUGAGACCACGCGAACGAGUCUUCUCCGCUAGCAGUCUUGCGUCCGAUUCUGGCGAGAUCGUGCGGUCGUUGUCGAAUAGGUUCUCUGGCCUGCCGCCGAGGAUUACUGGGAAAUAUCGUGGGUCGAUGGUGUUGGGUGCUGUGGCGGAUGAUUCUGAGGCUUCGGAAGAGUUGUUAGCGAGGCAGAAGAGUGGGAGUACGACUAAUAGUGGGACCAGUCGAGUUUCGAGAGGAGGAUCUGCGAGGAGAAAGCCACCGCCUGCACUAAGAGACUCGAUGCUCUCGCCUGGACCCAGACCCGGCCCCGGGACGACGCAGACGGUAUCUCCACCUCCGGACUCACCGUCCGUCUUCAGUACGAAUGAAGAAGAAUGGGGACGCCAAAACGACGGGGCUGCAGAUUUCGAUCCUCGGGAUAACCGUCGAAGCUCUAUCGCUCUGUCUUCCGAACACGUCAAUUGGUCUCAGGUGGCCAACGGUGCGCGAGCUGCAGGCAACCGUGACAGUAUUAGGGCGUCGGGUCAGUGGGCCACCGUAGCCGUGCCGCUCUCGCCUUCGGACGUGCAGUCCGUCACGAGCGGUCAAAGUGGGCGCACGCCGAUCGACGUCAACCGAUAUCGCGUGUCGAAGUCUGCACCGACGCGAACGCCUCUCAGUGCAGAAGCCUUAGCUGCUCGAGGUGUGUACAUGCCUUCGUCAGCUGUAGGCUUCGUAAAGCCAGGCUCCUCGCCGCUCUCAGUCCCACCAAUGGGAUCCUCAGUUUCGCCGCCGCAACAGAGCGUCUUGACCCGCUCCAGCAAGAGCUCUCACACCAACACCCUCGACAUCGAAUGGCUCUCGAACCCUAGCAUGCCCCACGAGACGGAGGCAACCACCGCUAAUGCCGUCGAGAAGGGCGGUAGCCGAGGAAGCAGUGCGAGCCGUGGUACGAGGAGUAGUGCGGGGAUCGGUGGAAGGCCGACGGUGACGAUGGUGAGGGGCGUGAGUGUCGGUCAGGUACCUAGACGGAAAACUCCUACGCCGACAAAUACGAUAUUCUCGAGAGGGAGUAUCGCGGCGGAGGUGGAGACGCCAUCUCCGACUAGCACGGGGUCGAUGAGUGCCAGAGGCGAAUUCCCAUUCGACAGCCAGUAUUCUCUGAAUGCAGGUGCGGAGGGUGGAACGGGUGUAGGUGUGGGUUCGAGAAAGAGGAGCGCAACGACGGGAUCGGGCGCAGGCACAGCGAGACUUCAGAGGAAGGACUCGGAGGUGUUGGGAGAUGAGGAUAGGGAGAUGGUGAGGAGGAGUUGGUUGGGAAGGUCGGUGAGGGCGAGCGCGAUUAUUCCAUAGAUUCUGAAGUGAGGUGAUAUUGGCGCCAGGGUCGCGUUCUUGUUUUAUCCGUUUCCAAUUCGUGCUCUUUUACUUCGCCUUCGUUCUUUCUUUCUGCUUAUUCUUGUUCUCUUUAUUCUUCGAGCUACCGUUAGCCCCCUUUAUAUUUUCGUUCUUCCAUUAGGGCUAUUUGAACCGCGCUUACCACGGACAUUUCUCGACUGUACUGAUUUGUCCAUACGGCGAUUCGUUCAAUUUCUGACCCGUCUGUGCUCCACUGUCCGUACUAUCCGCUGUGCUCACCUUGUUCCACUCCUCUGAUCCACAACUAUGCCAUAUAUACCAUACUAUACUGGGCCCCCGACGGGGCCAGCGGACCCUGUAUUGUAGCCUGCCUGUAGUCGCGUAGUGCUCUGAUAUAGGUGUACCUAGUCUUCGCCUUGCUCCGUUCAAGU